AUGCUAUCAGCUUUGCGACCGGCUAUUAUACAACAAACUAGAGGAUUUGCGACCAACAACAUCGCUGUUGACGGUUUUACUGGUGCAGUGGGAAAUACACCAUUGAUCUAUCUCAAGACGCUCUCGGAGCAAACGGGAAGCAAGAUAUAUGGAAAGGCCGAAUUCCAAAAUCCUGGAGGCAGCAUUAAAGACCGUGCCGCUGUUGGUAUAGUUCUGGAUGCGGAGGAGAAGGGUCGCAUAAAGCCCGGUGGAACCGUUGUCGAAGGUACCGCAGGCAACACUGGUAUUGGUCUUGCCCAUGUCUGUAGAGCCAGAGGUUACAAAUGUGUGAUAUUCAUGCCUAACACUCAGAGCCAAGAGAAAAUUGACCUUCUCAGCAUGCUCGGCGCCGAAGUGCACCCAGUACCUGCGGUGCCCUACGAGAAUCCAUUGAACUAUAACCACCAGGCGAAGGAGUAUGCUGAAAAGCUGGAGAAUACCAUAUGGACAGACCAAUUUGACAAUACCGCCAAUACGUAUGCACACUAUAUCUCUACUGGACCCGAAAUAUGGGAACAGACGAAGGGCGACAUCGACGGUUUUGUAUGCUCAACCGGUACUGGUGGCACUCUGGCUGGAGUUGGCAAGUAUCUGAAGCAAAAGAACCCCAAGACGCAGAUAUGGCUCGCCGAUCCGCCUGGCAGUGUCUUAUACAAAUAUAUCUCUAGCGGUGGAAAACUCGUUGAGCGUGGCGGAAGUUCCAUCACAGAAGGUAUUGGUCAAGGCCGUGUCACAAAUAACCUGGGCACAUUUGUCAAUGACCUGUCGGGAGCUCUGCACAUAUCGGAUGAGAAGUCAAUAUCCAUGGUGUACCAGCUUCUUGAUAGCGAAGGUUUAUACCUAGGUGCUUCCUCGGCCCUGAAUGUCGUUGCAGCUGUUGAACUUGCUCAAAAGUUAGGCAAGGGUUCCAAAGUUGUGACUGUACUGUGCGAUGGCGCAUAUCGAUACCAGAGUCGUUUGUUCUCCAAGAAGUGGCUAGAGUCGAAAGGGCUAGGAGAUGCUAUACCAGAAUAUCUGAGGAAGUACGCAGUUCUAGAUUGA